GUUUAUUUUGGAUUCAGUGUGAAUAUGACACAAGAUAUUUGGAAUGGACCAUCUAAUAAAGUGGCAGCUUAUCAGUGAACCUUGAAAAUUUUAUGCAGAUUUUAUAAUUGUUUUGAAAAAAUUGUGAUUAUUUAAGCAAUAAUAACGUAAUAAUCAUCAUUCCGUGUGGGUUGGGUUCCUGCAUAACGUUGAUACGUUUUACGUGAUUGUGAAAGCGCUUGCGUUUUGUCUGUUUACGGUGCUUGACAUACAAAAAACAUGGACAUGAGAAUGAGACGAAAUAAAUACACGGGCACUUCAAUACUUUGUGUUGAAAAUACAACAGAAAAUGGAAUAAAUAAAAGUACAACUAAUGGCAUUAAUAAAAGUUGUUUUCUUAAAUCGUAUACAAAUGGAUAUGUUGAGGUCAAUGGACAACAAAAACUGCCGGAAAAAAAGAAAGAUAUUCCAAAUGAAUCCAAACCGAAGGAAAUGUUUGAGAAACCAACGUUAACUACAGCGUGUUUAACGUUUUUCGGUUUUUAUAUGCUUAUGCUUCUUGGCUACAUAAAUCAAAUCUUAUUCAAACCAAAAACCGCUACAGAAAAUUAUCGUGAUGGAUACCCGCCUUUGUAUGACUCAUUCGAAAGAUUUUACUUGAAUUAUGUGUAUCGACGUAUUAAGGAUUGUUGGAAUACUCCUGUGUCAAGCGUUCCAGGAUCAGAAAUUGUGAUUAAAGAUCGGAUUACAAGAGAUUAUGGAUGGACUUUUGAACUUACAGGUACAGAAACGAAAUGUUUGAAUUUGGGUUCGUACAAUUAUUUAGGAUUUGCUGAAAAUAAUGGGCCAUGUGCGCAUAAUGCGGUGAAAUCUAUUGAAAAAUAUGGUAUAUCAACUGCUAGUCCCCGUUCCGAAUUGGGAACAAUUCCAUUGCAUUUAGAACUUGAAGCGUUGACUGCUAAAUUUUUGGGUACUGAAGAUGCUAUCACUUUUGGUAUGGGAUUUGCUACAAACGCAUUGAAUAUACCUACGCUGUUAUCGUCAGGGUGCCUUGUUAUAAGUGAUGAAAAGAAUCAUGCUUCAUUAAUUUUGGGUAUACGGCUGUCUGGUGCUACAACCAAAGUUUUUAAACAUAAUAAUAUGAAACAUUUGGAAAAAAUUUUAUCAGAUUCAAUAUGUUAUGGACAACCGAACAAGCCUAAAUACACACCAUGGAAGAAAAUUAUAAUUGUGGUAGAAGGUAUUUACAGUAUGGAAGGUUCAAUUGUUAAAUUACCAGAAAUAAUCGCUUUAAAAAAGAAAUAUAAAUCGUAUUUGUAUUUGGAUGAGGCACAUAGCGUUGGGGCUAUGGGUCCUCGUGGUCGUGGUAUUACGGAUUAUUAUGGAUGUAAUCCAAAAGAUAUUGACAUUUUAAUGGGAACUUUUACAAAAAGUUUUGGAUCUGCUGGUGGAUACAUUGCAGGUUCUAAGAAAUUAAUUAAUUUUCUACGUGUAAAUAGCCAUGCUCAUAAUUACGCUUGUUCAAUGGCCGCACCCGUGGCUCAACAAAUUAUCACCUCCAUGAAGAUAAUAAUGGGCCUAGAAGAAAGUGGUGAUGGAAAACGACGUUUAAAUCAACUAGUUCGAAAUACAAGAUAUUUUCGUCGACGAUUACAUCAAAUGGGACUUAUUGUAUAUGGUCACGAAGAUUCUCCUGUUGUCCCAAUUUUAGUCUAUCUUUUCUCAAAAAUAGGAGCUGUAGUGAGAUUAUUAAAAUCAAAGAAUAUUGCAACAGUUGGAGUAGGUUUCCCAGCAACACCGUUAAUGGAGGGUAGAAUUCGUAUAUGUUUGUCAGCAUCGCAUACAAAAGAACAAUUGGAUCAUGCAUUAGAGGCAAUUGGUGAAGUUGCAGAUUUAUUAGGUUUAAAGUAUUCACGAUUACCAAAAGAAGUUGGUACGAUUUGUUAUGAAGAUAUUGCGAUUAAUUAAAAACAGAAUUUUCGUCAAAUUAGCACAAAUAAUAAGCAUUGCGUCGUAUGGAUCGUUCGUAUUUUAUAAUAGGUAAUUGUUUUAUGAAAUUUAGAAAAGCGCUGUAUCUACUCACACGCUAGUGUUAUAGAUAAAGCAUUCGCUUAAGGAUUAUAUUUUCGGUCAUAAUGCUAAAUUUCACGUGGAAAACGCAAACAAUAAAGCUGCUACUUGUGAACCUUGGUUUGUGCAAACAGAGUUUAAAACGGCGGAGAAAUACAAAAAAAUUCGAUAAAAAAAAUUCAUAUAAGCACAAAAGUUAGAAAAAUAGUACAUAGCUUAACUUAUGCGAGAGAAAUAAAAAUCAUCCUCAUGUUAGCGUGUGAGUAGGCAUAACGUUAAAAAAAUUGUUAAUUUUAAAUUUUUCGUUGUAAAUCUAGAAAAUAUUCUUUUCAUCUUUAUUUAAAAUGUUGUUCAUUUAAUUAUUUAUGUGCUUGUGGUUUUAUUUAGCGGUUAAGCCCAUGUUUUCAUUAAGA